AUGCCUUUAUUGUUAUGCUUGAUGGUUCAAAGUAAACCACAAUAUGGAGGUCCUUCCCAAAGUGGUUAUGGUAAUCGACCGCAAGAUGGAUAUGGUAAUCCAUCCCAAAGUGGUAAUGGAAAUCCAUCUCAAGUUGGGUAUGGCAGUCCAUCUCAAGGUGUAUAUACCAGUCAAGAAAUAUAUGUAAAUCCACCCCAAAGAGGAUAUGGUAAUCAACCCCAAGUUGGAAAUGGUAAUCAACCCCAAGUUGGAAAUGGUAAUCAACCUCAAGGUGUAUAUGGUAAUCAAUCACCAGCAACAUAUGGUAAUCCACCACCCGGAGCCUAUGGUAAUCCACGACCAAGACCACUUGGUAAUUCGCAACCAGGAACAAAUAAUAAUUCACCCCAAAGUGGAUAUGGUAAUCAAUCACCAACAACAUAUGGUAAUCCACCACCCGGAGCAUAUGGUAAUCCACGACCAAGACCACUUGGUAAUCAGCAGCCAGGAACAUAUGGUAAUUCCCCCCAAGGUGGAUAUGGUAAUCAAUCACCAACAACGUAUGGUAAUCCACCACCCGGAGCAAAUGGUAAUCCACGACCAAGACCACAUGCUAAUUCGCAACCAGGAACAAAUGAUAAUUCAGCCCAAGGUGGAUACGGUAAUCAAUCACCAACAACAUAUGGUAAUCCACCACCCGGAGCAUAUGGUAAUCAGCAGCCAGGAACAUAUGGUAACUCCCCCCAAGGUGGAUAUGGUAAUCAAUCACCAACAACGUAUGGUAUUUCACCACCCGGAGUAAAUGGUAAUCCACGACCAAGACCACUUGGUAAUCCACGACCAAGACCACUUGGUAAUCCACGACCAAGACCACUUGGUAAUUCGCAACCAGGAACAAAUGAUAAUUCACCUCAAGGUGGAUACGGUAAUCAAUCACCAACAACAUAUGGUAAUCCACCACCCGGAGCAUAUGGUAAUCCACAACCAAGACCACUUGGUAAUCCCCAACCAGGAACAUAUGGUAAUUCACCCCAAGGUGGAUAUGGUGGACCCCCAUUUAGAGGUUAA